CGCCCGCCGCCUCCGACAUGCAGUCCCCAGCGGUGCUUGUCACCUCCAGGCAAGUUCAGAAUGUCCACACGGGCCUGGACCUGUCGGUGCCCCAGCACCAGGAGGUGCGGGGCAAGAUGCUGUCCGGCCACGUGGAGUACCAGAUCCUGGUGGUGACGCGGCUGGCCACCUUCAAGUCCGCCAAGCACAGGCCCGAGGACGUCGUCCAGUUCUUGGUCUCCAGGAAGUACAGCGAGAUCGAAGAGUUCUACCAGAAACUGAACAGCCGCUACCCAGAAGCCAGCCUGCCCCCCCUUCCCAGGAAGGUCCUGUUUGUGGGAGAAGCUGACAUCCGGGAAAGGAGAGCCAUGUUCAAUGAGAUUCUACGUUGUAUCGCCAAGGAUGCCCAGUUGGCAAGCAGCCCAGAGCUGCUAGAAUUCCUAGGUACCAGGUCCCCAGGAUCGGGGGGUGUCUCCAGAGAUGCCUCCAUCCUGCGUGGCACAGACAGCCAUGCACAGGACGAUGAGGAGGCUUUUGACUUCUUUGGGCAGCAGGACCAAGUAGCAGCCGAGGGGCCUUCCAUUCUGGGCCGGAAGGGCAAGGAGGGCCACAAGUCUCUGGAGGAAAAGCAAGAGGAAGAAGAGGAGGAGGAGGAAGCAUUGGACCCUUUGGGCAUUAUGCGCUCCAGGAAGCCCAAGAAACACUCAGACAUGGUUGUGAUGCCUAAGCCUGCACCCCGGCUCACCAUCUUUGAUGAGGAGGCGGAUCCUGACGGGGAGCUCUUUGGUCCAAGCCAAAAGCUGCCCCCCUCGAGUGCCUCAGAGCCCCUGCCUCGAGACUCCCUGAAGCUGUUUGAUGACCCUGACCUCGGCGGGGCUGUCCCCCUGGGGGACCCCUUACUGCUGCCUGCCACCCGUGAGAGUGGAAGGUCUUCAUCUGGCCUGGGCCACACGGAUGCUUCCACCACGCUGUUCAGGGUGGAAGAGGACUUGGACCAGAUUCUGAACCUGGGGGCUGAAACCAAGCCCAAGCUGCAGCCCAAGCCCAAGCCCCCGGUGGCAGCUAAGCCAGCACUACCCAGGAAGCCAGCUGUGCCUCCAGCAGUGGGCCCAGCCAAAGCCGAGGCUGGACCACAGAAGCAGUGUCAGCAGAUCCAAGCCAUGGAUGAAAUGGACAUCUUGCAGUACAUCCGGGACCAUGACGCCUCCGCCCAGGCCUCUCCCAGCCUCUUCUGACCACUGCACACCCUCCUGUGGAUGCAUGCCUGUGUGGAGUGGGCCAGGACCUCCACGCCCCAGGACUGCAUCACUCAUUCCCCUUUCUCCUGAGCUGUCAGCUUCAUGUGGAAUCCCACAGAAU